UCUCAGGCCAGUGAUGUCGUCGACACGGGACUCCCUCUGGCCCUCCUCGGCCUGGUCAUCCCUCACGGUGUAUGCACGCUGUUCAUUCUCGGCCGGCUAUACGCCCGCGUCGUGCUCCUGCGCAAGUGGUUCCUCGACGACACGCUCAUCCUCCUCUCGUUCCUCUUCUCCACCGCCGUCUGCGUCGUCUACAGCAUGUGCCUCUGCCUCAACAAGCUCUCGAUCCUCUCGUUCUACCUCCGCAUGUUCAGCUCGCGGCCCAAGGAGCGCAUCCUGGUCCUGUGCACCAUCGCCUUCGUCAUCGCCUUCGGCCUGCCCAUGCUCUUCAUGAGCAUCUUCCAGUGCCACCCGACCCAGGGCCGCUUCUUCGGCCGCCCCAUGUACUGCUUCGGCUUCGCCGACCUCCUCAUCUCCAGCGCCACCUUCCACGCCCUGACCGACACCUGGCUCCUCCUCCUCAUCGUGCCCGUCAUCUCGGGGCUCGACAUCCCGGCCAAGCAGAAGGUCGUGCUCUCCAUCGUCCUCAAUCUCGGCAUCUUCGUCAUCUCGGCCGGCGUCGUCCGCCUCAUGCUCAGCCUGCGCGAGAACUUCCGCCCGGACCUCGUGGGCGUCACCACCACCCUCGGCUUCUUCGUCAUGACCAUCCUCGAGUGCGACCUUGCCAUCAUCUGUGCCAGCGCGCCCACCCUCCGCCCCUUGUUCGCCCGUAUGUUCCCCUGGAUCAUGCGCGACCCGCGCCGCCGAUCCAUGCGGCCCGGUUUCGUCCCCGGCGCUGCGGCCGCCCUCGCGUCCCCCGUCAGGAGGCUCACCGCACGCCGCUACGACGGGUACCCCUGGACCGAGCCCAUGCGGCCGACAACCACGACAACAACCAACACCAACUCCCCCCUCGUGCUACACAGCCGCGACGCCAGCGACGGCGGCCGGCUCAACAGGCUAUCGAAGAAGGGAAUCGGACCCGUGACGGCCCCGGCUCCCGUGCUGAGGAACAGCAGCACCAGAACAGGCCACGGCCGCACUGCCACAGCAACAACAACAACAACAACAACAACACCAGCAACAAGGACGACGACGACGACGACGAUGAUCCCCCCGCUGAGACUGCGGAGCAUGGCGUCCGUCAUUGGCGUCGGCACCUCGGGGAGCCGGAGCCGCGAGCAGACGAGGACGGGGGACGGCCGGCCCAUCUUGGAGAACAGCCAGACCAGCUCGGUCAUGAGCGAGAUGCAGUUCGAGGCGGGACGGGACGACGAGAGGCCGUCGCCGCCGCAGUAUCAGCAGAGGAUCCCGCUUCGGGUGAGGUGGAGGCAGAGCCGGGAGAGCCUUGUCGUGGGAGAGAAUGACCCGAUGGGCCGCGUGAGUCCGCCGCACUUUGGCUAUGAGGCCCAUGCGUGGUCGCCGAGAACGGGGGGGCGGGAUGGCAGAGACAUUUGGGACGGAAGUAAUAAUGGGUGGGACGGGCGAGAUAGGUGGGGUGCAAGGGAUCAGUGGGAGGAGAGAGAUGUGUGGGAUAACCCCAGGCUAGAGAGAGACAGGGGAGGCGACGUCUAG